CGAGAAAAGGCAAACUUUUCAAAAGUAUGCCAACCAAUAUGCCAGCGUCAUGAUUCCACUCGGGCCUUUAAUCAGCGAAACUCGGGAUUGAUGAGGAUCGUUUCGCAGAUUACCAACACGGUUAAAUCUUACCCGAGUUGUGUGAUUCUUGAGCCAGAUGCCCUCAAUCCUGUCUGCCUUGGCUUGAACUUAUCUGCAGCUUCGGGAGCCAUAAAUGCCAACUUUGCUACAGAGGCUCGGUGAUCAUCAUUCAAGGAUAACGUGCGGCAGCACUGUACAGCUCCAUUUUCUAUUUUGUCGAAUAUCUCGCUCACAUGCAGAGAAGAUGGGAUGUUCCAGAUCCACAGCGUACAGUCAUGACUAUCUGGAAGGAGCAGGUGGACCUGGCGUCGGCUGACUGGGAAGCUUGGAUCACCUCGGUAGUUUUGCUUCGCUUUCAAACUGUGCUGGUGAUAUAAUUUUAUUAUAUUUAAGCCACGCUGUUCGAGAAUCAUGUUGGUUGUUCUGAGUUUUCGAGGAGCUAGAGGUUCAAAAAUUUGUUCAGGAGGGGAAUCGCUGUGGAGGUUGUCUUGCUGAGUUAUGGCAUGUAAAAUCGUUGGCAGAGGGUACCAGCAGGUAUGGAUUUCUCUGGGACUGUUGCUUUCGAGUGGCAACUUUGUUUGCAUCUGUGGUUGGACAGGCCGGUGUGGCUGACAGCCGUUUCUACUUGGCCAAUACUGAAGAGUAAGAGUUGUAACGAUAGAUGAUUGCAAGCCAUUCCGAACACCAGGUUAUUCCUUGUACUUGGCUUUGGCUAACCGCUCCAGCUUGUAGCCACUGGAAUUUGGCACGAUCGAAUCGAUGCUGCUAGAUCUCACCCGGAAGUUCUAAAUUUUAGACAAGGACAACAUUCAAGCAUAUUUGAGAACCUCUCAUUGAAUAUAUGCGUCGGUCUACCUGCAAGUCAGAUCCUUCACACGCCCACAACUUUGAGUCAACAACCUCCAUAAUCGAGUUCUUAAAGGGCAAUAUGAAGCCCACGUUGGCAAAAGACCGCUUUGAUGAGCAUGGCAUUUUACGCUUUAGUAGUGAUGGUCGAGCCCUGGAGCAAGUCAUUCGAGAGCCAAUCAAAAAUGCAAAUUGGCAUUUGAUUCGUCGACUAAAGAUUGCAGAAAUCAUGGCUGGGGUCAAAGAUAUGGCAGAAGAAUGGGAAAGAGCUUGGUUUAUUCAGAAGGAGAUGAAGUAUCUUGACACUUUAGAAGAGUAUAAAGCCUUGGUAAUGUACAUAAACGAGAUCAGAAGCACUGGGAAAUGGUUUGGAACACGAUUUCAUUUCCCCAACCUCGUAAUUAGCAAUAUGUCUCUGGAGUACGGCAUUGUAACAGACAAGGCUCCAAUACCUUUGAAGUGGCAAGAUAGCCAAGAACGUGUCGAGGUAGUGGGCCCAAAGGUUGUAUCAGUUGAUCCACCAUCGACCACCCCAACUACCACACUACAUCGGGAUCCAAAGAUGGAACAAGCUAGAUUGCCUUCUAUAAUUGGCAUUCCAAUCCCUUCAGAAGGCAAGGAUAGCUUCUCGACACCUUCUCUUGAGGAGCCACACCCCAAUGCUGCGCAUAAUUCAGAACGAUUCCGACCUUCUUUCUCGUUACAGAACAACAAACCCCCAAUCGAUCCUACCAUUGCUCAACUGGCCCUCGACAGUGGAGUUACUAUCGAGCCAAACUAUGAAGGGGAGCUCACUUUGGCAACCAUCAGAGACAGGACCUGCCCCGCCUAUCAAAAUGCCUCAGUGUACAUCACCAAUGUAGACCCAGCAUGGACCACGGCAGAAAUUUUCGAUUGUGUACAUGAAGGUGGUAUUUACAAGUACUCUCGACAAGGUCCCACUGAAUUCUACGAAUCUUGUGCAGUGACCCUCACUUUCAAGCACCGACGAGCCGCCGUCAACUUUUUACACCGGGCCAAAACCGUAGGCGUGUACAUCAAGGGCCAGGGGGUGAAAGUUGUUCCAAGCAGACAUCAUUGCUGGGGUAUUGAAGAACACAGAGAGAAGCAAACGAGGGUGUUGCAGAUUGAGGGCCCUGAAGCAUUGGUAGAUGCUAAUGAGAUUGAGGCUGAGCUUCACAAGAAUAUCUCCUUCAGCUUGGUGAAAACUGAGCAGUGGGUCAACGAGGGCCGGAAAUUCGUCAAUUUUCAUUUCGAAAAUAUCUUUGGGCAAUCCCGUGCUGCAGUUGCCUUCCUAGCCAGAACGGAGAAGUAUAAACACGUUCUCACAUGGCGGUAUGCUGAAGAUCCAUGUGCAAUUGAUCGAAACUAGUUUUCGACUCCGAACAACUGAAGUGUUGAACUUUUACUACACUCGAACUGUUCUUCGACUGGUGACAUCGCAGCUCUUUAUUGGGAAUUUGGAAAGGGACAUGUUACAAUGAUAGGCCGAAGGUUCUUGAUUUUUGGCGGGAUGGAAAGACGGAGAUCUUUGGACUCUUUUUGUUUCUCCCUCUUGUAGACUUUCACAUCGCUUUUCCAGAAUUUAAAUUAUUCUUGGGGCUUUAUUUUUGAUCAUGCGUUGGAUCGCAAACACAAAAUUGGGGUAUCCUUUCGGAUCGGCGCGCAGAAAAUUGAUGAAGAUGAGAUCACGAAUGAGGAAACCAAUCCGUCAUGCAGGUAGUAUAAG